AUGGAUAAAGGGUCGCUUCUGCCAACGUCGUCGAUACUCUCACCGCCCUAUACUUCUUUCUUCGGGAUAUUCCCUUCACCCCAUCCCAUCCACUCAGUCUACUUUAUAGGCGCUAAUGCAGGACGACAGGCCCUGACGGGGUUGAGGUCGUAUCUAGUCCCGAAGGAUGUGAUAUUGGCUGUUUAUGUUGAGGGUACCUGGCAGAACCCGUUUGUUAACAGUCCACCGGACCGUGUUUUUGUGAUGAGUGUCGAGGGACAAGAUCUUGAUAAGGUCAUUGCCACCCAUAUGCUCUUGCUGGAUGCCCAUGCACCACUCCAAACAACCUUCAUCGUUCUCGCGCCUUCUACCUACCAUCUCCCAACAUGUCCAUCCCGCAGAAUCCUCUUGCCCGCCCCUACAUCCCCAAUGCCAAAUCCAUUUGUAUCCCUCCCAGCCUAUUUCAUUAAAACGCUCUCCCAAUCCGCCCAAGUCCUGCUCAACCAUAAUUUUGAGCGCAUAGCAAGGGAGCUCCUCUUGAGUGACAUAAGCGAGUUCCAUGUACAAGAACCUCAGUGGGGUACUAUUACGAAUACAGAAAAUGUCGUCAAUUUGAUGGUUUUAGCCAAUGUUUUGGAAAAGAACGCUCCUGACGGAGUAUACACGGUUAGGCGGGAUGCUUUGAAAGCACUGGAUGUCGGUGGACGGUUAUCGAGAUUAAAGAGCGAAACAGGCGAGACACAGCUGCGGACGAAUAGUGAGAGCCCUUUCAAUCCGGCCACAGGCCGAACCACCUUUUCUGCUCAGGAGGAAGACGCAACGAUGCCUGAACCUUCAAGGCCCGAACAGCUCGAUGCUGAUAUGAUGGCCAUGAGCGACAUUUCGGAGUCACCACCUCCCUUCCAAAAUGACACGGGUGAUCCGCGAAAACCUCCAUCUCCCACACAAUCCUCUCAAAAGUCUAAUACACAAUCCAAGGACCAACUCAUUUUCUCACACCAACAAACCGAUCACACAAAGCCCAAUGAAACAACGUCUCCAAUGAAUGAUGCUGGAGACGACCUGGCCGAUCUCAUUUCCUCAGAUAUCGAAGACGAUUUGGCCGCUUUGAAGCAAGCGGUUGAAACGUUCAUGGGGAAGAGCGAUCCGAUGGUAGAGGUUCAAGCCACUGAUAUAUCGAGUGAGGAGGAUCAAAGUAGUGACGAUGAGGAGAAUGACGCAAGUAGUGAGGAGAAAGCGACGAGCAGUGAUGAUGAGGAGAGUGAGACAAGUACUGAGGAGGAUGAGGCUAGUGGGGACGAAGAUGAAAAGAGCGAAAUGGAAGACGAUCAAAACGAUAGCACCACCGCUCCUGUGAACUUCCAGCUAGACCUGAUCACAGGACCCAUGGCCGUUGACACGCCCACGGGGCCCCCCAUUUCCUCCUCGUCAUUCGACCCAACAACCUCCAGGUCCGAUUCACAGUCCAGUACAUUCAUCGACCGCCUUGCCACCUUUGUAGCAAAACAGUAUCCCAACUCUCAAUCUCCAACCUACAAGCUUCUCACCUUUUCCGAUCCCACUACGUCCAAGCAUCUUUACCGAUGUCACCUCACCGUUGCUCAGGAACAGUUUGAGUCCGCCUAUUUGUUCACUUCGCCUUUGGAUGCUGCUCAAGACGUCGCGAGACUGGCUUGUUUGUUCAUGCAUUGCUAUCGAGAGGCUGCGACCAAGACCGAACGGUUUUCGGGUCGGCUUGAAGAGAUUUUCACUGCAGAAGACAACGAAAAUCCUGAUGAAGAUAGGGAGGAGGGGGAAGUAACAGAGAAACCUGAUGACGAGAUGGACCCGUCAGAAGUCAUGGGGCUAUUGGAUGAUUUUACUGCCACCCAGGCCGGUCAUCGCAUCUGGCUCCCCCGGUUCAUGUCCUACGUCACUCGGCAGCGCCUACAUGUUGAGUGGACCUACCACGUGGGACCCGGCGGACGCGGAUCCCAUAAAGCUACCAUCCAAAUUGGCGGCAAGACUUACACAUCAGCCUCGUCGCACACUAAACGUGGCAAUGCAAAAGAAGAUGCCGCCCAUGUGGCAUGCAAAGCCCUCGGGAUCGACUCUUCACCCACUCCAUCUACAUCAAAAUCUUCCACGAUCCUUCUGCACGAGUACUGCCUACGUACGAAAUCACGGUUCCAGGCACAUUUUUCCACUGUACCUCCACCGAGUACUGCGCAUGCUGCACCGUGGUUUGUGUGUACGGUUACGAUGGAGGCGGGAGAAGGACAAAAGUGGACUUCUGCGGCAUUUCCGAAAAAGGCAGAUGCGAAGGCAGAUGCGUGUCGGAUGGCUAUGGAGGAACUUGAGAGGAAAGGGCCAAAAGACGAAGAAAACUCAAGAUCUUCUACUGAUGGAAUGGAUGCACCAUCCCAACAGGCACCCUCCACAUACAAUCAGCCCCUUCCCCAGUCACAGUCCUUUAUCGCAUCUCCCUUCCCAUCCUACCCAUUAUCCUUCCCACCUUCUCUCGCGCAACCUCAGGUAGACCUUUCCGUUCUCCUGUCAUCCGUACUGGGCAUGCUCCAGAAUCCGUACGCGCAGGUUCAGACAAAUGUAGAUGCAUCUGUGGGUCAUUUAUCUUCGCCGGGACGUGGUGGAGGGCACCGGGGGAGAGGUAGGAAACGCCGACGAGGCGGGUGA